AUGUCAGAGAUGAGUUCAAUCCAGGACAGUUUAUGAUCGAAACUGGAUCAGCUGGAGUGUCACUUUACUUGGGACAUUAAAAAAGAAGAUCUAGUCUUGACGAAUAUCCACAAUAAGCUUGAAGAACAGGUCAAGAUGGAUCUAGGGAGGCGGCUAGGAGUUGCACGAACUCACUGCUGUUUAGGAUACGUGAAAUUUCUUCUCGGGAUGAAAGAUAAGGCCCUUACUGACCUGUUGAAAGCUGAGACACUCAUUAAAGAAAAUCUCGGUGUCAACUGUGACAAGACUCUCAUUGUCACUUAUGGAAAUUUAGCCUGGAUAAACUACUACAUGAAGAACUACACGGAGAGUGAAAGUUACCUGAUGAAGCUUCAGGAGAUUAAAGAAACCUUUUUAGCCGAGCCUUCCUCUGUCCCAGAGGUGCUUGGUGAGAAGGGAUGGGCCUAUCUAAAAUUCUCUUGCAAAUAUUAUUCCAAAGCCGCAGAAGUUUUUCAAAAGGCUGUGGAACUGGAUCCAGAAAAUAGUGAGUGGAAUGCAGGUUAUGCCAUUGCUCUGUAUCGCACUGAAACUGAUAAAGAUUUCACUGUGGAUUCACCUGCAAUCAAACAACUAAAACGGGCUAUUGACCUCGACCCGGAUGAUGAUACCUCUAAAGCUCUCCUAGCAGUUAAACUCUUGUUCUGUUCCAAAAAGUUGAUGAAUGAGUCUGAGAAUCUGAUAGAGACAGCUCUAAAGGGGUCUCCAGAAGAUACACAUGUCAUAAGAUAUGUUGGCAAAUUCUUCAGGAAUCAAGGAUCUGUAGACAGGUCAAUUGCUUUGCUAAAGAAAGCACUUAAAACUUCACUAAAUACAGGAUUCAUACAUCAUCAAUUGGCAAUGUGCUACAAGUCCAAGAAAAUUGAUUUACUGAUGGGAAAAAAGGAAGUAAAUAGGUCAGAGGUAAAUAAUGCACGGAAUCAGUGCAUUUACCAUUUAGAAAAGGCAACUGCUUUAAAAGAUUCCUUUAUCAUUGCUAUGAGUGAGCUUGCACUUCAAUAUGGAGAGAGAGGUAACCUGGUCAAGGCAGAGGAACUGUUCGACACCACAUUUAAAACAGCUAGAGAGAAAAAUGACGGUGUGCAUAUAGUGCAUUAUUUCUAUGCUGAGUUCCAGCAGUAUUCUAACAGACGUAAGGACUUAGCAAUCAGCCACUACAAGCAGUGUUUGGAAAUGAGUCCACAUACUGAUGAGGGGGAUAGAAGCGCAAAGAAACUGAUGGCAAUUGCCCAGAGAUAUAUCAAGGAUGACAAAGAUCAUUGGGAGGCCAAUGCAAUACUGUCAUUAAUUUAUCAAAAGAAAGGGGAAAUGUUUGGGGACACCAAGAGCUAUGCUGCCACUCCAUCCAGUGAAGAGGAUGAUGAAUCCCUCUGUAAUCUUUUGGAAAUUAAUUGCAAAAUAUAAACUUUUAAAAGGAUUCUGAAUUAUCUAAACACACACACAAAAACACACACACACACACACACACACAAUGAGCCUUAUUUAUGUGCACAGAAAAUAUGCACAUAAUUCAUUACUCUUAUUCUAAUGUUGAUGCCAAGGUAGGAAUUUGCAUAACUGACAGGCCAACAUUAUCCAAAUUAUGUGAAUAUAAGGCCUUUUGAUAGUCUCACCUCUCUCUUUUUCUUGCUAGUUUGCUUUCUUUCUCACACUCCUGAGUACAUGCUCAAGAUCUAGUAUGGCAUUCUCAGAAACUGUUUUAGGUAGUCCUAGAAUUAGGCCUAAUUGUGGCCAUAUAUUUAAAAUGCAUUUUCUUACACUUAUUGAUGAAUCAUGAAUUGUGUGUGAAGGUGUUCAUAAACCAUUUUAAAUGAGUAAACUAGGGCGAGUUAUUGUUAUCUCUGAAAUGUUACUUUUUACCUUAAAAAUCUCUUUGAUGUAUUCAGUUGGCUUUAUUACAGUACCCUGUGCUGAAAGGCAUAUAUAUAUAUAUAUAUAUAUAUAUAUAUAUAUAUAUAUAUAUAUAUAUAUAUAUAUAUAUAUAUCAACACCUGUUGUAAUACAGUCUUUCAGUUUCUGGAUGUAUUAAAAUUAUUUUACUCAUCUUUUCUCUGCACUUCAGUUGUCUUACCUCUUAACAAGUUGCUUCUUAAUUAAUUAGGUAAUUUUCAUUAGUUGUUUAAUCUGUUUCAUUAAAAUGUUAUUUCAAUGCA